AAAACACCCAGUCCACCUUAUUCCCCCGCACAUAGCCACCGACACCCACGCACCACCCCCCUUCGCCCCCAUAUCCGGUUGCUGCCUCUUCCCCAGAAUCGGUCCUCGCCUUCGCCCUCGGAUCUGGCCGAGACCGAUCUCGCCGCCGCCCUGGAUCCGGCCGUCCGGCCUCCUCCAUCCCCCGUCCGCCCUGGAUUCGCACUCGGAUCUGGCUGUCCGCCCUGGAUCCCGUCGCCGCCUGCCGCCAACAAGCGUCGGCGCGUGACCCUGCCGGCCACCGGCCGCUUCCGCGCCUCCGCUGCCACCUCGGAUGCCCCGGCCUCACCCAACUCCUCUUUCGGCGACGACCCCUGCCACGCGCGCCUUCUUGCUGCUCUGCCCCAGCCACGAGCACCAGGUCCGGCCGUCCCUUCUUUCCCGGAGCAUCGUCGACCCCGCCAUCUUCCCCAGAGCGCCCCUGCCCACCGCCCUCGCCCCACGGGUCAAGUGGCCCUGCCGCCGGUCUCCUCCUGCAACCCAACCGGUGGCCACCUCCUGGGACCAAGCCGAUGGUCUCCUCCUGCUAACCCAGCGUCGGCCUCCCGAGGCAGCCCUACAGCCAGGCUUCUCCCGCGGCCACGCGUCAUGCGAAUCUCGUAGACCUGCCGGCGGUCUUCUCCCAAGGUUGCACACCGUCGUCCUCCCGCUGCCCCUGAUCCACCGUCGGCCUUCUCCCACAGCUUCUCCCGUGCCCUCUUCGCCACUGCUAGUGCUGGCUUCACAUUGCACAGCAGGUCAACUCGAGUGCGUGGCGUCAGAUUCAAAAAGUCCAGCUUCGCCCCCGGAUGAAGUUCAGUUAUCACUGAAGCUUAUGUUAUUCACAAUCGCGUGGCUUUAGAACAUCCAUGCAUGUCGAGUAAUAUUCUUCGAUUACAAUAGCAGCUCCAGUGUGGCAGUAGGCGAUGGUAAAAACUGAAGUCGGGAAUGAGUGUUGCUGGGUACAUCUGGCAGCAGAUAUUCUGAAGUUUGUUGGUGAAUAACAAAUGCCACAACAUCAGUUGAUGUCAUUGGGGUCGUGCGGGCAAGCAACAUUCUCCACCUGGGUGUACUCUCUGUCUCUUUCUCUUUGCAAUUCUAAUCUAUUUGUAGAUUCUAUCUCACGUACCUGUCAUAGUAGCAUACUAGUAGUGUUGUAUGGUCAGCUGUGUAAGGGAGUUUGUGGAGCGCACUAUAAUGUCUAGUUGAACUCACA